AUUUUUUAUAUCAAACUACUUUUUAAAACUGACUGAUAUUUAGACCUGCAAGUCGUAAACACAAUGUUAUUUGGAAUCCUCGUUUUGUGCUACUUUGGGAACGUCAUUGGACAAGCCCCUGACUGGUUCAGCGAGUGUGUCGGAUUCGGUUGUACAGCUACGGAGUAUCGUCACGAGAGAUGCGAGUCAGAGCCCAACUACCAAGGACUUCUCUUCUGCCUAAACCUAGCUGACUUCGUCCAUGUUACAUUCACGGGCUCUGGAACGAUCACCAUCCCCGUCUCUAUACGUCCCACUCAGGGUUUGAUUCUCGACGGUUCUGGCCAUGAUAUCACCCUAACCGGCGAGUCAAUUGAGCUGAAUAGCAGUUCUAUUGUUUAUAGAAUCAACUUUGACACAGGCGCUGAUGAUGCCUUGAAGUUGCAACGGGGAUACGAAAAUGCUUGGAUCCAUCGAUGUUCAUUUCGCAACUAUGGCGACGGAUUGAUUGACAUCACUCAAGCGUACAGUCACGUGACCGUGUCAAAUUGCAGAUUCGCCGAACAUGAUAAAACGAUGUUGAUAGGAUCUAGUACGUCAGAUAUUCUCGAUGAACGCAUGCGCAUUACAAUCCACAAUAACUACUUCGUCGAUUGUCGUCAAAGGAUGCCAAGGGUCCGAUACGCUACCGUCCACAUCUACAAUAACGUAUUUCAAGAUUGGGGACUAUACGCCGUGCUUUCAAGCCAAACCGCCCUCGUGCUUCUCGAAAACAAUUACUUUGACAUUGUCGAUAUCACCCGCGCUGAAAUGGCGCAUGAUACCCGACCACGUGGGAGUGACACGAGCAGUGGAUACCUAAGAGCGGAGGCCAAUUUCUACAAUACUGGUAUUAGAGGUAGAACAAACCAAGCGGAACGUGUGGGUGAUAUGCCUUACCAGUAUCAACUGGCUACGGCAAAUGAUGAUAUGAGAGCGGCCGUGAUUGCAGGCGCUGGAGCCCUAGUAAUAAAAAAGAUAACAAAUCAAGCAAGAUCGUAUGAAGUCGUGAGAGAUGUUGAUUUUCCUGCUGUCAAUGACCUCUUCUUGCCCGUGAAAGACGUAUAG